AUGAGCCCACCCAGCCUAGAGGUUCCAGAGGGCAUUGCGUUCCUGAAGGGAGAGAUUCGUGAAUAUGCUCAGGUGGAGAAUUGCGGUCACUGGCAUGGACUGUGUUUUCACAGCUCCUACGGCAUGUCUGUCAGGGACCAGCUGAACAGGAAGCUGAUUGAAGAGGUGAAUGUCCAGGGCACAGAGCAUGUCCUCAGGGCCUGUGUAGAGGCUGGAGUCUCCAGGCUCGUCUAUACCAGCACCUUCAACCUAGUGUUCGGAGGCCAAGACAUUGAGGGUGGUGACGAAAGCCUCCCCUACCUACCUCUCCAUCUCCACCCUGACCACUACUCCAGAAUCAAGUCGGUAGCUGAGAUGGCCGUGAUGAAAGACAGUGGUACAGAGCUGAAAGAUGGGACAGGUGUGUUGAGGGCCUGUGCUCUGCGUCCAGCCGGUAUAUACGGGCCUGGCGAGCAGAGGCACCUGCCCAGGAUCGUUAGGUACAUAGAGAAGGGGAUAUUCUGUUUUGUAUAUGGAGAUCCAAGAAGUUUAGUAGAGUUUGUCCAUGUAGAUAUCCUGGUGUCUCCACACGAACUGGCUGCAGAGGCUCUGAUGUCAGAGCACCAGCACCGCACUGCUGGACAGGCAUACUUCAUCUCAGGCGGAAGACCUGUCAACAACUUUGAGUUCUUCAGACCUCUGGUAGAGGAUUUGGGUUACUCUUUCCCGAAAUUACAUCUAGCCCUCUCUCUCAUUUACUUUGUUGCAUUCCUCACUGAGAUGAUUCACCAUCUCUUCGGCCCAAUCUAUAACUUCCAGCCUCUGCUCACACGCACAGAGGUGUAUAAGACCGUUGUGACGCAUGAUGAAGCCCAAGGCCAAGCUGGGUUAUGAGCCCUAGGAGUAUAACCUGGAGGAGGUUGUGCAGUGGUUCAAGAGUAAACCUAGGGGUUCACUCUCCAGCGACUGAUGCUAGAUGUUCUUCUAUUAGUAGCUCUGGCCCUCUCAUACCUCCCAGUGGUUGGCAGUUAAUCAGCAGGCAGUAAUAAAGUGAUAAAUCUCAAUGGCACAUUUUAAAUGUUGAAACUUGUUCUAUACUAGUGGUGAUGGAUUGUUUGGUUCUCCUUUUAUUAAUUACAAUGUACAGUUUGUAAUAAAAUAAAAAUAAUAUGAUUAACCAGAAUUAGACCUGUUCAAAAUAAAGCCCAUAUUCCCUUAAUAAAUGUCCAUGAAUGUGUUUUGUGUAAAUUCCAACAAUAGAUGUACCUAGUUAGAUAUAGUAUAGCUAACUUUUGUCUUAUAUUGACAAUUGUUGGACACAAUGCAUUUUGUUUUUGGCAGGGUUUUUAAAGCCAGAAUGGAAUGUUUGUUUUAAUUUGUGCCUGUCCAUGGAAGUACCUGACCAUAGUCCACUAGCCAAAUGCAGUAUUUACAUAAGGAUUCUCUAAACUUGAUUAUGUAUAAGAGACAUCUCUUGGUGCAGAUGUCUGUUGGUACAAACACAAUUUGGUCCCACUUUAAAUGAAGUACAACUUUUAUAAAGGCUUUUUAAAGCAUACAUAAAGACUUCAUAAGCUCUACAUAAUUGCUUCAAAAAUCAUCUAUAAGCAUAUGUCAUAAAGGGUGACAUAAUUCCCACUGUAGGGUGAAUUAUGUUUAUACACCAUUUAAUCAGUAUUUUUUUAUUUAAGCUUUAUUUAACUAGGCAGGUCAGUUAAGAACAAAUUAUUAUUGACAAUGACUGCCUAUCAAGGAACAAUGGGUUAACUGUUUUGUUCAGGGGCAGAACGAUUUUUACUGCUCCGGGAUUCGAUCCAGAAACCUUUCAGUUACUGGCUCAACUCUCUAACCGCCCUGAUGACAUACGCUUAAAGAUGAUUUGUGACGCAUUUAUGUAGUGCUUAUGAAGCCUUUAUGUAUGCUAUAUAAAACCCUUUAUAAGUUGUACUUCAUUUAAAGUGGGACCCGACAUUUACUUUGGUUUUGUUUUUACAUCUCAAUUGAAGAUGGUAAUAAGAAAUAUGACGAACAAUGUAUUGUAAUGUUUAACAGAUAAGAUGUUAUGUUUAUUUUAUACUGUGUAACUUGGAAAUGUUUCAUGAUGUCAAUGUGUGAUAUCUUUUAUCAGGCCUGCUGCUGAAUUCCUAACCUUUCCGGUUGUUUUGUGACCAAAUCCUAAUGGGGAUCAAUCAUUUGGUGGUAUUUAUAAUAACAUUUUCUAUAAGGGAUAUUUUUAUUUUAUUUUAGUUGGAUAAUGUUCUCAUAUUAUAGAAUAAAAGUACAUGACUGAC